UGUCGCAUAAGCUACCUGGACCCGCUGCAAGGAACCAAGGAGAGGCGAGAAGAACUGUACAAGUUCUGGUUCUUCUGGUGUGACUGCAAACCCUGUCAUGAUGAGGAGAGACUGUCGAUGGAGAACACGAUAAAAUGCGAAAACGAGCACUGCCUGUCUCCGGUCAUGGUUCCCGAGGACGACGCCAGCUCGACCCCGCCAACUUGCACCCGCUGCGGAGAGACCGUCAACCCGGCCACUUUAAAGAAAUACAACGAGAUUAUUGCGUACACCAAGAAGACGAUGAGUAUUAUGUCGCGGGAGGAGAAUAGUAAGGAUUACGAAACGUGUUACGACCUGUUGGAGAAGCAAGGUAGCGUCCUCUCCUCCAUGAACAUCUGGAGGUGCAGGACUCUGGACUUCGCCUUCAAUGCUGCCAUCAACAACGGGUGCUUCAGCCUCGCUUUCGACUACGGGACGAGAAUAAGGCGGCUAUGAGGUUCUACUACGGGCCCGACCACCCGGCGUACGGCGUGUUCCUCCUGCACCUCGCCAAGGCCAAGUUCUACAACAAGGAGUACAAGGAGGGCCUCGAGCACAUCCGCGAGGCCGAACCCAUCCUGAAGGUGGCGUACGGCGCCUCCCACCCCCCAUCUCCGAGGAGCUCAGCCGCCUCACCUACAUCGCCUACGAGGACGUGGAAUUCGCCCUCGCCCGCCGCCUGGCGAUGGCGCAGAAGGGGACCAAGGAGGACGACCCGAGGCUGCUUUCUCCCUGAUCCUUCUAUCAAACCACUCGAGCGAAGCAAGCCCAAAGAAGAUUUUAUUGAUAGUAAUUGAUAAGAUUGGUAGGAGAGCUGAUUGCAUGCUGUCUCGUCCUGUCCUUUCUUGUAUUGGAUAUACAUAUGUUAUAUUGGUAAUUUGUAUUAUAUUAGGAAUACAAAUUACAUUUAAUAAUGUAAUUUGUACUACACUAGGAAAGGGGGUCGGAUUUUAUUAUAUGAAGGGAAACAAAACAAAAAGAAUGAGAAUAAUAUUCAUAACCAAUUAUUAUUUUGUCAUCGCUUAUCUGUGAUGCUACGGUAAGUAAUAAAUCUUUUUUUCAAAAAAAAAUCUUCCCUGGGUUUGGUUUUACGGAAAAGAAGAAGCAAAAGACAAACAACAAACAUACAUGUACCUCGUCUUCCUGGAUUCGCAUCGAUUUUAUCCAAGAAAGAAGUUUCACACAGAGAGAAAAAAAUGAACGAAAAAUAUAAAUAAAAUUCCAUAAUCCCCCAAAGAAAGAAAAAAAAAAAUAUAUUUGAGGGGACAGUGAAGAUAAGAAGCAUAAGGGAUCGACAACCAGAGAGGUACUUAAGAAGACAGACUUAAGUGUAUGCUUAAAAUGCACACUUAACUUAGCUCCCCCCCCCCCCACACCCCUGUCUGCACGCCUGUCUGUGGUAGACCAUUGUGUCUGUCUUUGGGAGUGACAGUGAAGUUAUAAUUAGCUUCAUUUUUAUCGAAAGAUUGAGCUUUGGAAUUUGAAAAGAGCCAGCAUAUUUUUUUGUAGAGGAAUAGAGGUCUAGUUGUAAGCUAUUUAGUGUUAUGAAAUAGAGUGUUUGGAAAUAACUCUAUCUAUAGUCUAGCUAUCAUAUCUAGAUAUUUAUUCAUGAGGAGUGAUUCAUGAGUACCGGUAUAUUAUACUCAUCUUUAUUUUCUUCUUUCAAAAACACGACAAAAUCAUGAAUCACUCCUUUAUUCAUACACGAAGCAUCAUAUUCAUAAUACAUAUUUAUUCUUCUGCUUCAUCGUGCUUAUAACUCACUUUUUUCACUCAUUACUCAUUCAUUCAUUUGUUAUCUAGAACUGACUCAUUCAUCAUUCAUAAUUAUCCCUGUCAUUCACUGCUGAUAAAUAAUAGCAUAAGAGUGUGAUGUUUUUUCUUUUUUUUUUGUUAAAAUAUACCCAUCUUGUGGUAUAUGCAUGUUCUUUUAUUAAGAGAAAAUACUUUUUUUUUUUUUUUUUUUUUUUUUUUAAAUAAAUGGUGUCUUGUUUGAUAAUAUGAAAUGUCAAUUCCAUCUCGAUAGCAUUUCUCGAAAGCAGGGAUGUCAAACCACAUAUACCCCGUGCACAGUAUGUAGGCCAUAAUAAUCGUUUAAUAAUAAUAAUAAUAAUAAGCAGAUAAUAGAUUUUUCUAAUCAAAACCUCUUCUUCCUGAGCCUAUAUGAUUAACGUAAAA